AUGUGUUACCUGAUGCCAAGGUCACCCACACUCCUUGCAAUCCCCUCGCUGUCACUCUCCGCCCAGUCCUCGCCGUGCCCCUGCCGUAGCCAGGACCCAUCUCCUGCAAGUAACGUCAACGUUGCGCGCGCAAGUCCCAUCUGGGAGCCUCUCAUGAGCAGAGAGCAGCUCUACCACCACACGGUGCUUCCACGCGACGUGCCGGGGAGAGAGGACAGGAACCUAUACUGCGCUGAGAGUGAGCUCGCAACCCGCUUGACUGAUGCGGUGAAGUCCCUUGUGCCACACGCUCCUUUGGACGACCUACCGUGCAUCGACGCGGUGAGGCUUGCUCUCACAACAUGUGGAUCCAUCAACGUAGAUGGAAAGAUAGAUAAGACCUUACUCAUCAAGGCAUUACAACAGAUGCUGCUGCUGGUUUUCAAGGCCAGCUUGGGGACUCAUCCCCUGCCACCAAUGUCUGUUCUUCUCCAUGGCGUAACAGACGCCGCUCCUUUGGACGACCUGCCGUGCAUCGAUGCGGUGAGGCUCGCUCUCACAACAUGUGGAUCCAUCAACGUAGAUGGAAAGAUGGAAAGAUCGAUAAGACCUUACUCAUCAAGGCAUUACAACAGACAAAACGAAGCCACAGGGGCCAUCUCUCUCUCUCCAUGGCGCGACCAACGCCGCUCCUCUACAUGGACAUACCGAGCCCAUAGGAGGCUCGCUCUCACAACAUGUGGAUCCAUCAACGUAGAUGGAAAGAUGGAAAGAUCGAUAAGACCUUACUCAUUAAGGCAUUACAACAGACAAAACGAAGCCACAGGGGCCAUCUCUCUCUCUCCAUGGCGCGACCAACGCCGCUCCUCUACACGGACAUACCGAGCCUAUAGGAGCUAUCCCCCCUCUCCCCAUGGCGCGACCAACGCCGCUCCUCUACACGGACAUACCGAGCCCAUAGGAGCUAUUCAUCCCCUUCUCCACGGCCUCACUGAUAGCGAUGACGGUCGCGUGCGCGUACAAGUUUUCUCCAGGAUCCUUCUAUGA